AUCAGCAGCACAGGACAAAAGUUUGGAGCUGCGCUAUGUAGAUGAACACCCAGCGCAGAUCCGAUUUAGUUUGCGAUCAGAGUGAGUCUCUUUCAUUUCACUGUGUCUAAAAGUCAGACGGGCUGUAUUGAGGAGGGGGGGAAGCAUCAUAAGGAUACCUGACGGAGGCGCUUGAGCCAGGAAAGAAGUGCUGUGAGGAAGAAACACUGUGUCUCAAACUCUCAGACACGCACAAACAACACAGCCGCGCCCGGAUCACAGCCUAUACAGCUCAGCGGUACACCUGCUUUCCGGCUCUAGUAUGGCCAGUUCGAGUAAAGCCACUUUAAUCUUGCUCAUCUACGGAAUUCUAAUGCACUACAGCGUCUUCUGCACACCUAUAGGACUAAGUUACCCUAAGAUCAGACUUGAAAACGACGCGUUCGACGAGGAUGGCAAUUCUCUGUCCGACAUGGGUUUUGACAGCGAUCAGCUUUCUAUACGAAGCCCCUCAUCCCUAAGCGACGACUCGUACAGCCUUUACUACCCGCCAGAAAAAAGACCAGAAAGGCAUGCUGAGGAAGAAUUAGAUAGAGCCUUGAGGGAGAUCCUGGGUCAGUUAACAGCAAGACAUUAUCUGCAUUCUCUGAUGACUGUUCGUGCAGGUGAUGAAAACAGCAUGGAGGAAGAGUCAGAGCCCCUGUCCAAAAGACACUCAGAUGGGAUCUUCACCGACAGUUACAGCCGCUAUAGAAAGCAGAUGGCGGUGCAAAAAUACCUGGCAGCAGUUCUGGGUAGAAGGUACAGACAGAGAGUUAGGAACAAAGGACGCCGGCUCGCCUAUUUGUAGCUCCGCUGAGAGAAAGAACACGAUAAAGAAAGAGUGAGUGAAAGAAAAAAGAAUGAGAGAAUGAAAGUAAGAAAGCGAAAAAAGACAGACAGAAAGAAAGAAUGAUAGAAAGAAAGCAAGAAAGAAAGAAAAGAAAAAGCGCCCAAAACUGCCUCCUGUGUAUAUACAUCCAGAUGUUAACUCAAAGUCAUUCAGAUAUAUCUGACCAACCAGUGGAUUGCGCCUGUGUCCUUUCAACAUGUAUUUAUGUAUGAAGUAAAGCCAUUAAAAUCAAUAUUUUAUUAAUAAUAUCGUUUUUUUCUUUUCCAUUUUUGUACAAAUGCACUUGAGACUGCACAGUUAUAACUACUUUGUGGACCAAUAUUUUAUUUUUCAUGAUGAUAUGUUGAAAAGAAUAGAAAAAAAAAAAAACAAAA